UGUACUAUCUGUACCGUAGGUUGGGAUUGAAACGAAAGAGACGACCACACGGUGCACAUGUGACAUGACGCGACACAGCAAUGGGAAAAGCUACAGGGUGAUUUUGGCAACAUCUUCUUUGGCGAUUCCAAAUUUCGUGGAUUUUGACAAACUUGGUAGCAACAUAGACAAAUUGUCCACAAAUUCGACCGUGUUUGGAACAAUCUUUGCUCUGUGGAUGAUAUAUCUGAUGUCCCAGCUAUUGAUACUGAGGUCUAAUAUCAAGGUAUGUCAAUAAAUUCAUUUGAGUUUUUUGUAAAUCAGUUAUCGUAGUCUAAGCCUCAUUACAUUAUCUGUGAUAGCAAUAGCUUGUGACGCUAUCACUUUUUUUCAAAUGUCAAUGGAAGUCUAAUAUCUAAUUAUCAACGCUUUUCUUCAGAGCAACAUUUCCAUAAACACAAAAGUGGCCACCAGCUUUGCUCUUGGACAAUCAGCAAAGCUAGACAAAGCAAACAUCAGCACGACGGUUGUUCCCAAAGUCUCCACAAUCCCAUCAGAGGUUCCCGGUGCGGAAUACGUCUACGUCGUGUCUGUCCGCACGGGAACCCAGCCUGAUGCCGGCACGGCGUCUGUGGUCGGGCUGAUGAUCACAGGGUCAGAGGGCAGGACAGCCAUGGUCACACUCACCCCUGCUGGAUCGACCCUAGCCCGAGGUGAUGACACGUACCACAUCAUGACGACACCAGCCUCUAUCGGCGAGCUCCAGUCUGUACAGGUCUGGCACGACAGCUCCGGGAAGGGCGCCAUGGAGUCACUCUUCAUAGACAACAUCACAGUCUGGGACAUGCAGACAUCACAGAGGUUCCUUUUCCCAUGUUCCACCUGGCUGUCCACUCACAAAGGAGACGGUAGGACAAUAAGGACCUUGAAGGUCGCGCCUGAAGGAGAGAAGUGGUUGUCGCAGUAUACCCUUCCGACGUUUUCUUAUCUGCUGUAUGACGACCAUCUGCUCUUGUCAGUGAUGUGUAACUCCGGUGUGAGACACUUCAGCCGGGCGCAGCGCCUGGUCUGCUGCCUGACUCAGAUCACCCUGUGGAUGGUGGGCAGUGCCAUGUGGUACGGGGUUACAGCUGGUACAGACGAUGUGCUUUUCCUUGACCUCGGCGUGUUCACCCUCCGCCUUUCGGAACUGCUUGGUACUGCAGCAACGUCGUUCAUGGUGUUCCUGCCAGUUUACGCCAUCCUUGUACCGAUGUUUCGCAAGCAGCUCCCUUUGGUAGAUCAGAUCCAUUCAGGUGUAUUGAAAACACCGACAUCUCUGUCCACCUGGCGGUUUACGUACACAACGGUGGCGUGGAUCCUCGCCACCCUGACGUCUGUCUGCAGCAGCUUCUUCGUCAUUGUGUACAGUCUGCAGUUUGGAGCUGGGAGAAGCCAGGCCUGGCUGAAGGAGUUCUUCCUGACAUUCCUGUUCUCUACAUUUUUACUGGAACCUGUUAAGAUCUUUCUGGCUGCCUACACAAAAGCAGUCAUCAUCGCACCGAUUGUUUGCUCUGUGACAUCUUGUGUUCGAAAUGUUUGGGGGAUGAAAACAGGGGAGAAGCAACAGUCUCCGAUCGGUAUUAUUCGAAAGAAGAACAAGAAUUAUGGAGCCCCUGAGCCAAGGGUUUUACCACCAGUCCCGAAGAAAACCGACCAUGACCCGAACUGGACGGAAAGGAUGACUGCAGGUAGAAACAUCCUGGUUACCCUAAUGAUACUACUGAUCUUCACUGGGAAUGCCUUCUACAUCGGGGUUCUGGACUUCGACAGGCAUGCCUACCACGUCCGGACAUCGCUGGAGAACAGCCUGCUGUCCGGAUCUGAUGAGGUGACUACAGCAGACGAUGCCUGGGAGUGGCUGUCGUCUGAACUGAUGUCGUCCCUUCACCCAGAGCGCGGGUACAGCGGGAAGAAGCUGAGAUGGCUGGACAAACAGUUCCCGACUGGAACAAACGCAUUCCGGAUCGGUCCUGUUCGCCUGGAGAGAACCACCAUCUAUCCAGAUGACCCAACAGACAUAGAUCUCGAGCUUCGAGGCCAUGGGCUCUACCCUGAGCUGAUGAACAAGCAAAUAGAUGCAGUUCAGGACCGACUGAGUGAACGGAACUGUUCAUACAAUGGAACUGCACGCAUAUUUGUGGACAUUGUUCGAAACGGAAGUUCGGCGUGUAUCACCACAGUGGACCUGCCACGGGAUGCUGGCCAGGCUGCUGCAAUGAUAGGUCUCCUACAGCAGAACAACUGGAUCCUGAUGGUUUCAGACACUCUCAUCCUCCGGGCCAACUUCUACCACCCUGACGUCAAGCUGUUCAGCACCAUGGUCAUCACCCUGCAGUACCUCCCAGGGGGCGCUGCUUAUCUACAGCCCAAUAUUCAGACCUUCCGGCUGUUCCAGUACGAGACAACAGACGACUUUGUCCAGAUGUGUUUCCACAUUCUGUUCCUCUUCUUCUUCGUUUACAACGUCCUUCGCGAGAUUGGUAAUAUCCGAAUGAGCGGCCGUCUUUACUUCGGCAGUUUCUGGAACAUUUUGAUCCUGUGCAACAUUGGCUUGUCGACAGCCGUUAUUGUGACAUUCGGACUUCGGUAUAUCCGGGCAGCUGCUGCAUUGGGUGAUGUACAGCGUGUAAAAGGGCUCGGCAUCGAGGAGUUUAUAGACAUCAGUUCCGCCAGCCAAUGGGACACAACCUUCAAGUCGGUCCUCUCCUUCUCCAUCUUCAUCAGUACCUUCUGUAUCCUGCGGGUUCUUAACUUCUCCAGGAGUGUUGCUACCGUCUUCGCUCUGCCUCGUUUGAUAUACCGGGAGGCCCUUGGGUAUGCGGUGUACAUGCUGGUUAUAAUAGUGGCCUACGGCUUCUGCGGGAUACUGAUAUUCGGCAAACAUAUGAAGAGCUUCUCCACCUUUAAGGAAACGUCGUAUGUGUUGUUUGAGAUGGGCUUGGGGAGGCCGUUCGGCGAUGUCUUUGCCGACGAUAUGAAGAGAGUGGAUCGUGUGAUGGGACCUCUGUACUUUUCUACAUUCGUCUUGGUCUUCAUCACUUACCUGAUGAAUCUUGUAGUCGGGAUGCUGUGUAACUGGCUGAGCUACUGUCAGACGUCAGACGACAUUGAGGCGGACACCGCGAUGGCAGAUUACUUCUGGAACUCCUUCAGGAGUCUUCUGGGCAUGCGCCAUGAGUCCCAAGACCCUGACGAUGAAGCACCACUUCCGGAAUACUUUAUGAACGAGACCUUCCAGCGGACGGAUGCGGUACUGCAGGAAGUGGACAGGGUGACCGACCUGAUGUAUAAGUUUGAGUGCAAGGAGCGAGGUUCCACGUCUACUGAUCCAUACGCUUAAAGUUUAACCAUAAUGUCCUAAGAGUUAUGAUAUGCGAGAUGUUUUGAAUGAAUAAGAAAUGUAUAUAUUAAAAAAGGUUUUGCAAUACAAAAGUAUCUUACUUUAAUGUGUUAUGGUUGCCUUUGAUCAAAAACGUUUGUUGACGUUAGUUUACUAGUAGUUUAUUAUCAAGAAUAAUGUUGUUUAAUAUCUGAAGACACUACCUGGAUUUUACACUAUGUUUCAAAUUGUAUUCUCGCAUAACAUAGCAAAUGUGUUUAUCAUGUAGUUUGAGGAUGGGAGCUGCCUAUAAUUGAAUAAUAUAAAUGGCAAUAUUCGUUUUAAUUGAAGUUGUGAUAAUGAUGCUAAGAAUUAGUCAUGUAAGUACUGUACUGUAUUGCAAACUACCUGUACCAUCAAAUGUGUGAUGUGUGUUAUUUGAAGAACCUUUUAAAUUUGCAUGUCACAAUGAUAAAGAUUUGAAUAUGUCUAUACUUUAGUAUAUGAAUAAUAUUUCAUGAACAUUUUUUUAAUUAUCGAUGAUAUGCAGUAAUCUGUUACGGUUGUUAAGACUCCGUUACAGAGAUUUAGAAAUUUUGGAAAUAAAACCAUUGUUGCUCGAGACUGUGAUCUGUUUACUGAGCAGUUCUUGAUUGUAGCGGAGGGCGCGGUUGCUUGAAGGCCAAAAUGGAUGUCCAUGUAGCUCAACUGGUAGCAGCCUGGUCAGAAUUAGUUAGUAAUACUUAGGUCAUAUUUGUAAACUGGGGCCCGGCCGUACAGUUUUCUGGAAUAAAAAGUACAA